AUGGAGAAACUCCAAAAACUGUCCAUUAUGUGAGAGAAUGAACAGAUCGAGGCGCAUAGCGCCGAGAUUUGUUUAUUCCCUCACAUAAUGGACAGUUUGAGGAGUUUCUCUUACUUAAAACAUGUUCUCUAUUGUCUAAAUAAUGGACAAUUGUAUUAAUUCAUGAAUUCCAUGAAAAUAUUGAGUAAAAAAUCAUGCGUCCAUUGUUAACUUAUUAGACAGCUUUACUUUUUGGGGGAAAAUGAAAAAGGUAAGAAAAUCAUGUUUAUCAUGCUUUCAUGUAAUACACUGUAUAUAUAGUUGUGACAAUAUUCAUAAGUAACACAAAGUUGCCAUCAUUAAGUUGUUCUGGAUUUAAAAAAAGAAAGAAAGAAAAAAACGAGCAGCAAUAAUGUCUGAUUCAGACGAUAGUAUUUUUAUAACACAGUCUAAAGAAAACGGAUGUUUGAGCCCUAUAGAAUCGGAUUUAAUUUUAAGUGAAGUAUUAGACAUGGUAGAAUCGGCUGACAAUAAGCAAAAAACAGAGCUCCAGCCGUCGUUUGAUUUGAAAAGCGACCUAUUUUCAGACAUUUCGGACGAGGAACUUUUGAAAGCAACUCAGCUCAUCGAACAAAAUGAGCCAGCAAGGUUUUCAGUGCCACUUAAACAAAGUGAUUUAGACAACCUUGUCAAAAGUGGAUUGUCUAGUAAGACAGAAAAGAAAUCAAAAUGGGCAGUUAACAUGUUUGACUUAUGGCAGAAGAACAGAAAUAAAAACACAGACUCUUUUGUGCCAAACAACAAUCUAAUAAAUAUGAGUAGCGAAGUGCUGAACGAAACACUGGGGUACUUCAUAGCAGAAGUGAGGACAAUAUCUGGAAAAGAAUAUAAGCCCAACACAUUAUAUGAGAUUAUAAUUGCGAUACAACACCAUCUUCGACAGCAAGGUAGACUUAUCAACUUUCUAGAUGAUGCCGCUUUUGAUGGACUAAGGCGUAUUCUUGAUGCAAAAAUGAAGCAGCUAUCCAAACAAGGGCUUGGUAUGCAACGAAGAAGCGCUGCUAUUAUAAGUGAAGAACAGGAAAAUGAACUGUGGAAUAAACGCAUUCUGGGAACAGAAACGCCACAAAUGCUUCUAGAUACGUUACUUUACACGCUCGGCUUGCAUUUUGCCUUAAGAGCAGGCCAGGAACAUCGUGCACUUAGAGUUGGUGAAAAUGGACAAAUCACAGUCAAACGGGACUUACAAAAUCGCCGAUAUUUAGAAUAUCACGAGGAUGUAUCCAAAACAAACAGAGGAGGAAUUCAGCAUCGUAAGAUACAGCCCAAAAUCACACGAGCAUACGAAAACAUAGCCAAACCCGACAGAUGCCCUGUGAAUAUAUACGAAAAAUACAUUUCUCUCCGUCCAAGAAAUUGUAAAACAGAUGCCUUAUACCUGCGACCUCUUAAAGCGCCAACGGCAAUAUGUUGGUACUGUGAUUCACCCGUUGGCGUUCACGUGCUACAACAGACAGUUGGUAACCUGUGCAAACGAGCUUGCUUCAAUGGACAUUAUACCAACCAUUCUUUGAGAGCAACAGCAGCAACACGACUUUAUGAAGCUGGUAUUGACGAGCAGCUUAUUACUGAAAAAACUGGUCAUCGUUCAAAUGCUGUUCGCGGUUAUAAACGUACAAGUGAGGAUCAGUUAAUGCAAGUCAGCGGUAUCUUGCAUGGACAAUCGGACCAAUCAAAAAAAUCUAAAACGGAAAAUUUCAGUUCAGAUACCGGAAGUACUUUUCAGGAACUCAAUUUAACAUCUGGAAGUAUGUCGCUUCAUCUUAAGUUUACAGGCAAAUAAAGUUUCAGUUUGUGGAUUAUUUUUUCAGAAAAUGAUUAUUUUCCAGUAUAUAUUAUAAAUAAGUCAAAUUAUUGUAUCUUGAUAAUAAAAAGAACACAAUUUUGUCAUUGAGUUAUGUAUUGUUCGAUUAUUUCACCCACUUUACAUGAAAUAUACACAUGUUCUAUUACUGUCCAUUUUCCUUUUAAAUAAUGGAUAGAAAAGUAUCCAAUAUUAAUAUAUUGGAUACCUACUUGAUAAAUAUUGGAUAGCUUCGUCAUCUGCUAGUACAAUAGGCACAUUAAUGUACAGAUACAACAAAAGAUGACGUCACA